AUGCCAAUCGAAGACGGUCAGUUGACUCCAGAGGAGUGGAAAGGCACUGUUGUUGAAACCGCCUUGCCCGUGGUGGAUUCCAAAGGCAAUUCUGAAGGAGCUAAUGCUGCUGAUAGUGAUGAGCCCCUCCAGCAAUAUAACGAUGCCGUGAAGAAUUUGGGUCGUCUUCUUCGAGAGCAAGGAGACUUCCAAGUGGCGUGCCUUGACAGUUUCAAACGUGCUACUGAUGAUUGUGCAAGUGGUGAACGCCUUCUGAAGAAGUCAUCCCAGCUCAAGGCGGCCCUGGACUACAUAUGUGCAUUAGUUGGCAUCGAGUUGGUCACUGCUGAGGAAGCAGAAGAGAUGUUUGUCGCCAACAUGAACUUCGCCUCCUACGUGAUAUCAGCGCAAGAGUUCUUCAACAGUCUUCACAGAGCGUUGGAUUUGGAGCGUGAAAUCGCCUAA